UUUGCUGUUGUGUUUUUUUGAGUCAAGAACUGGAUAAAGAGAAGACCUUUGUGUUGGUUUCUUGAGUUGUGGUUCCAGAACUUGGUUCUGUGUUUUAAAGGUGGAACCUUUCACAAGGUCUCAAAGGGAUUUGAGGAUUUGUGACUCUUAUUUGUAUUGCCUUUUUAUUUUUUUGUGGUUUAUCUUUUUGUUUUUCUGUGAAUUUUUUGUUUGGGGAUUGAGAAAGAAGAGGAGAGACAUGGGAAAGCAUGGACCUUGCUGCCAUUGUGGAGUCACAAGCACCCCUCUUUGGAGGAAUGGACCACCGGAAAAGCCCAUAUUAUGCAAUGCAUGUGGUUCAAGAUGGAGGACCAAGGGCUCAUUGACAAACUACACUCCAAUGCAUGCCCGAGAGCUUCUUGGUUCAGUGGAAGUCAAAGUUUCGAAAGUUAGAAGUGUACAAUUCAAAACCAAGGAACAGAAACUGCAGAAGAAGAACCAAACUGAUGGAUUAGUGGAAAUUGAACGUGAGAUGCCAUAUUGUGAUCAGAAUUUCAAGAAGAUACUUGAAGAGGAUACAAGCAAUCGAUCUAGUUCAGGAUCAGCGAUUUCUUUUACAGAACAUUUUGGCACCACUGAAGCUAGUGAUUUCACAGGUUCGGUGCAAUCCAAUGUAUGGGAGUCACUAGUUCCAUCUAAGAAGAGGACAUGUAUAGCACGCCCAAAGCCUUCUGCUGUCGAAAAGCUCACCAAGGACCUUUAUUCAAUAUGGCAUGAGCAACAGUCAUCUUAUCUUUCAGGAUCCUCCGAAGAAGAUUUACUUUAUGAAAGUGAAACUCCAUUUGGUUCUGACGAGAUAGGACAUGGAGGUGUUCUUAUUAGGAAUCCGAAUUCAAAAAUUACAGAGGAGGAAUCAGAAGCAAGCUCAAUCUCAACAGAUAAUAAAUUAUAUUUCUUGAACGAGGCUUAUUCCGGCUUAGCAUCUUUUCCCAUGCAUAGUCAGAACAAAGUGACAAGUUCUUCACAUGUAAUUAGACCUCAAAAAUCAACAGUGCAAAUAUUAGAAGACCAUGCAAAAAGGGAUAAACCUUCUGAUGAAAUUUUGCAAAUUGUCCGAAACAAGGAGUCACCCUUGCGUUCUACUGAUCUCAGAGAUGUUCUUAGCUUUGAGGUGUUCAUGACACAUCUGACACGAGAAGAACAACAGAAGUUGAUGAGAUAUUUACCACCUAUUGAUACUACCAACCUGCCUGAAAGCCUUAAGAGCUUGUUUUGUGGUUCACAAUUUGUAGAGACUUGCUCGUAUUACCAGCAACUACUUGCGGAGGGAGUCUUUGAUCUCUCUUUUGUUGGUGUUGAUGUUGAAGAGUGUAGAAUUCUGAAGAGGCUUGUUUUACUUGAUUUGACGAAAGCUAAAUGGGUGGAACGUUACAAGGGAUUAAAGGAAAUAAAAUGUAAAACAAAAAAAGAGGAAGUUGGAGGGAUUGAAACAAUGAAGGAGCCAUGUCUUAGUGGAUAUUCCAGUAUGACACCCCUCAAGAGGCUCUCUGAUAACCAAAGUAACAAAAUCCAAGAGAUGAAAGGCGCCAUGAGAAGUCCGAAAAGAGUAUGCAAGUCUAACGGCACGAACUUCUCUUCGGGGAAACCGCCUCUAAAGAAUCACGGAAGCAUCUCUAAAGCUGGACCAAACAUGGAUGAAUUUGUAGAUAAUGAAGCUUCUUGCUUCAAUGUUAGGAACAUUUUCGUAUCUCCUGCUGAUCGGAGUUCCAUGCUUGGCUCUCUCCAAUUCACCGAUGACAUUGACAGUUCUGUCUCCGACCAGGAUUUGUUACUAGAUGCACCUACCAAUGCGCCGAUGAUGGAAGCCGAACUCCUUUGCCAACCAUGGAAACUGAAAACAUGACCAAAUGUUUCCCACGAUCACCGGAACAAGCAGUGCUGCCGUCUCUUCAGUAUUACAUUACAUCGAUGUGUUACUGAUUGCCGGCUAGCACCUGCCGGUUUCUUUUUUUUCGUGUAAUGGUGUUUCAGUAAUGGAGUUCUUCAUUAGAACGGAACCAAUUGGAAUAUGCUUGAUGUUUAUCUUUGAAACUUUUGUUGGUUGGUUGAAACUUGUUGUAUAGGCUGACUGGUUGUUUGUAAUAUAGCUUUUUAUUAAUGAAUGGACAGUAAUUGCAACCAGAUUUGUA